CUUGCUCGGCCGGCUCCACCUCCAGUCCUCCACGCGACACAGAUUGACAUACGGGGCGGUGGGUCCGAAAUCGGAACGGAUUGGUUACCAUCACAAGGAAAUCCUGGUCGGUCGUAACCGUGCGCGAUUGGUAUCGGAAACGAGCUCGGUUUUGGAUUCUGGAACAAGUAACGAGCACCACCAAGCCGUCGCUCGCCUCGCCACCUCCGGCUCUCCAUCUUCAGGCGGCGUUUUGGUUGCACUGGGCCAAGGCGAGACCGAAAACAGCCAGCCUCUUCCCACUCGCCAGAGCCGAUGGCAGAGGCAGCCCUCGCAAUACCUUCGAUGGUCGACGGCCUUAGAUCUGGGCAGAGGAAGGUUUUGUUCUGCGCGCUCAAGAGAAAUUUGAUCCAAGAAGCUACUGUGGCAGAGUUUGCUGGCUAUGUGACAGAGCACUCGGCAUUCGACCACGGUCUCCGUCAGCCGAGUCCAGCAAGCACAAUCAUCGGGAUGGCUCAAGAUUUUGUUGGCAGCAACAAUAUCAAUCUUUUGAAGCCCCGUGGCCAGUUUGGUACCAGACUUUCGGGAGGCAAAUAUCCGGGUAAGGCGCACCACAUCUGCACCAGUUUGGCACCUAUCACCCGUUUAAUUUUUCCCAAGGACGAUGAUGUUCUUCUCAACUAUCUGAAUGAAGAAGGGCAAUCGAUUGAACCCAGUUGGUAUCUUCCGGUCAUUCCCAUGGUUUUGGUCAAUGGAUGUAAAGGCUUUGGCAAUGGAUGGAGCAGCCAUGUCCCAAACUAUAAUCCAAAAGACAUCAUUGCUAACCUGAAAAGGCUGCUACAUGGAGAGGCAAUCGUACCAAUGGUCCCUUGGUACAAAGGGUUCAAGGGCUCUGUGAAGGAGAAAAGUUCAAAGGCAGCUGGUGUCAGAUAUACCAUCACUGGUAUUAUAGAGGAAGUUGAUGUUACCAAGCUAAAAAUUACUGAGCUUCCCGUCCGAUGCUGGACUUAUGAUUACGGACAAUUUCUUGUAUCCCUGUGUAAGGGCAAGGACAAGGAACCACCGUUUCUGGAGGACAUGAGCCCCAAUUACGAUCAUGCGGACGUGGAGUUUGAGGUUAUCUUGAGUAAGCAAAACAUGAGUAUUGCUAAGGAAAAAGGACUUGAGAAGACAUUCAAGCUGACAACCACAAUAGGAACAACAAACAUGCGCUUGUUUGACUCGGAUGGUAAAAUUCGAAAAUACGACUCCCCAGAGGACAUACUUAAAGAGUUCUUCAAACUGAGGCUUCAAUUUUAUGGCAGAAGAGAGGCAGUAAUGCUGCAAAAUAUUGGGGAAGAGUUGUUGAAGCUUAAGAACAAAGCGAAGUUUAUUCAUGCUGUUAUCUCCGGGGACAUCGAACUGGUUAAAAGGAAGAAGACAGAGCUAAUCCUGGAGCUUAAGCAGAAGGGAUAUGAACCAUUACCAAAGAGAAACAUUACCGCCGAGCCAGUUGCUGUAGGAGGAGCUACAGAAGUGGAAGCAGAAGGAUUUCAUGUGAUCGAUUAUGAGUAUCUUUUCACAAUGACAAUAGGUACAUUUACUCAUGAGAAGGUACAUGAGCUCAUAGCACAGCAGAAGAAAUUAGAGGACAAAGCUGAAAGUUUGGGCAAAGCAACUCCAAAAACUUUGUGGUUGAGAGACCUAGAUGCCCUUGAAAAGGAACUUGAUGCGAUUGAUGCAAAACUUGAGGAGAUGAGAUGUCGGCGGCAAAAAGACUAUCGAGGCGAGAAGGUGUCUGAAGUAGCAAUAUCAGCAGCCAAAUCUCACAAGGCAAGUGCACCAGUUGCGGUGAGAGAUGACGAGGAUGAAGUGCUCGAACUAAAAGAGUGUUUCUCCUCUCCAAAACAUAGUGCCAUGGAAGAUGAGACUACACAAGGAGAACAAAAAGGACAGAAGAGGAGGAACGAGCCAAGCAAAAUAGAAAACAAUUCUAGUGCUCCUCCAGGGAAGAAGGUGCGAAAAAGCAGCUCGGUUUUGUAGAGAGUUACAAGCACUUCAACAAUAACAGAAGAUGCCGACGCUCCUCCUACUGGCCGCUCCCACUUCAGCCAGUUGCACCGAGAAAGACAGCAAUCCACAUCGAUUCCAACCGCUGGCGUGGUUGGUAGCGAGCGACGGCACAAGAGAAAUUGUAAACAAACUGCUACAUUACAGAUAACUAGUAA